UUCUUCUGCAUUACUCUCCCAUACGGCCUCUCCCUAAACCAUGAUAGUUCAAGGGUCAAUGAGCUUACCAAAGUUUGUUUUCCAAAAAUUAGUGCUAAAGCUAUACAAAUCAAUAAAACGACAAAUUUGUGCACCUACCUAACUUUGUUUAAAGAAUUAUUGCACACAUUCUGUAAAUACUAUAAACUUUAUUUCACUUUUCAAAUAUCACUGUUGUCAUUAAAAGCAUUCAUUUGCUUUAAUUUAUUUUUGUUUGUAUAUUACUAUUACACACAUUUUUAUUAUUAGACUUUUUGAAAAUAAUAUAUAUACUUGAUGACAGAGAAUGGUAACAGAAUGAAUGAGUUGCCAAAAUUCAUUUCUCAAUCCAAGAACCAUUGUUUUAACUAUUGUUCUGAAUCUACAAAUGCCUCUAUAGGUUGUUUCCUAUUCAAGAGAAAGAAAUUAACUGGGAUUCAUAUAUACUUAAGGAAGAGGAAAUCAAGCAUUUCCGUGAAGAUGUGGAGGUUAAGAAAAGACUGGUGAAGUCUUAUAAACUCAUGCUGGAUUUCUAUGGCAUUCAACUGCUUGAUGAGAAAACAGGCAAAGUAUGUUGUAUAAAAUUAAAGUGGAAAGAGCGAUUUGAGAACUUAAACAGAAACACACACAACAACCUGCGCAUCACACACAUUCUGAAGAGUCUGGGAAUUCUGGGAUUUCAGCACUACCAGGCUCCACUGGUCAAGUUCUUCCUCCAUCAGACUCUGGUGAAGAAAAGGCUUCCCAGAGUGAAGCAGAGCGCUCUAGACUACUACCUGUUCUCUGUGGUGGAUAAAAAAGAGCGGAGGAAACUGAUAAAGUAUGCUUUCCAGAAAUUCCAUCCAAGAGAGGAUUUUGUGUGGUGUCCGAAGAGGAUCCAAAAGAGAUUUCUGAAAGAGAUCAAUCAACAGAUAACAGAGGACAACGACUCUGAUCUCUCAGAGCCAGAAUCUGAUGCUGAAGCUGAAGAAAACUUCCCUGAGAACGAAGAGAACGAGGAGGCAUCAUUUUCUGACAACCAGAAAAAUGAGCAGAGGUUGGACAAAGAGCCACCAAAUAAAGAUGAUGAUGCUGAUUAAACUGUCUGAAAUGGAGCAUGGCACAGAUACACCUCAGGGUGCUAAAAAGUCAGAUCCAAAAUUAGAAUUCUUUUUUUUUGUGACCCAGAACCAAGACAUAAAAACACUAAGCUACUAAAAAAGACACAAAAAGAAGAUCUAAAAAGGUAAUGAGACAGGAUAGUAUAGUGUUAUCAAAUGAAGAUGAUGUGGAUAAAGCUGAGGAAAUGUCUAGAAUUCAGGGGGGCACAUAUUUCCAUAUCUGGAUGAUUAAAUGAAAGGUCUGAGUCAUGAAGACACAGAUAAAGAAAACAGAUCAAGCAAAUAUUGUAGCGUUCGCUGAAACUGAAACUACCAAAAGGUGACACAGAAGAAGGACAUUUUCUGGAAUAUAUGUUUGUUGUUUUCAGCAAUGUUUAGAACUGAAGCAUAAGUAAAAUCAAGCGAUUAUGGGAAUGUAAAUGUGUACAUAAUGUGUUAUAAAAAAUAUACAAAUGUAAUGAUCACUUGUUUUAUUUCUACAGUCUGUUACUGCCACAACCAGUAGAUUAUGACAUAACCAGAGAUACUGACUUAAUACUGAUUUUGAUUUAGGAGCUGCAAUCUAUUUUUAAUGGUUUAAUCUCAUCCAUCCAAGAUUUUUCCUAAAAUCUCUAAUGUAUUGAAACAACAUUGAUUUCAGGCAUGUAAUUUCUGAUUUAAUGUUAUUAAUUAUUUUAUAUGUAUUGUUUGUAUUAAACUUUACUUACAUUAAAUAUG